UGAUCACAGUAGACCCCAAACCACACCAAAAUGGUCGGACUGGCGCGAUGGUGGCCGCCGACAGCAAUGACAGCAACGACAGCAACGACAGGCACGUUUAACGCAGCCCACUGCGACAUGCUGGCAUUCCAUCCGACGCUGCACGACGCGCGUGCUUGGCUGCCCGGGCGGUGUCGGCUGUCGUCGCGCGCGAUUGCUCAGCUGUGGUCAUCAGCUGCGGCUGCGACGGAGCAUCAGCAACUCGGCUCGCUGCCAGACAGCCCUGUCGUCGCUGAACCAGCUACCGCCGAUGCCGUCGGCGAGGCGACCCAGGACGCCAGAGCAGGCCAGCAGCCAGUCAUCAAGCAUGGCGAUCCAGUCCUCGUGGUGCUGCUGCGCAACCCCGACAGCGGUGCUUCUCGCCUGCAGCUCGUGCUGAGCUGUCUCGCACAGCCAUUCGCUGGAACCAAGCAGCCGGCCGAGUCCGUGCAAGACGACGCCGGGCAGCAGCCGCUCGACUUUUGCGCAGAUCCGACCGUCACCAUGUUCUGGCCUGCUGAACCGCCCAUCGUCGGAACGACUGAUGAUGAGAUGCAAACCAAUGAGAGCAGCCGCAUCUCGACAAUCCCGUUGAUCGAUGACAUUCUCGCGGGGGCAGGAUGCCAAGCGCAAGUCCGGACGUUCGGGCGCAUUCAUCCCUCAGAGUGCAGCGCCAUUGAGUGCACAGUGUUUGUGCUUCCGUCGCUGAUUCCGAGUCUUGCAACGCUGCCCCUCGCGCAAAGAGAUCUCUUGCUCAAUUAUGCACGUGUUUUUGUUCGGCGAUUGGGAAUACCAUUGGCGCCUGGCUGCGUGUUGCGACCCAACGUUGGGCAGCAACUUGUCGAUCGCGGGGCGGCUCCAGCCAACUCAAUUCCGGAACUGCUAUUGACCCCUGAAGUCGCCAUUGACUUUAUCCGUGUCGACAGGAUGCAAUCCUUUGGGCAGAGCGCAGCGUCCGACUCUCUGACACCGAUGGCUGCGGUUUUCCAGUUUGUGUCGAACGCCACACACGUCUCUGUCAACAUUUCUGCACGAGUGUAUGAUGCAGGUGUCACCAUACAUCCCCAGACCUCGCUUCCCCUGCCGCCAGAACCGAUGGCCACAGGCGGCCUAGCAGCUGCGAGGCGGGCGUUGCGGGAGAUGAUUCUCAUGCCGUUUCGGCACAGAAGCGCGUUCAUGGAGGUCGGCGUGGAAGCACCAAAAGGCAUUCUGCUGCAUGGCGUGCCUGGGUGCGGCAAAACGACCCUCGUGCAGCAGGUUGCAGCCGAGUGUGAAGCGCACUUGUCUGUGAUUCGUGGACCUGAGCUCUUUGGCCCGUACAUUGGUGAGACCGAAGAGCUUCUGCGCGCUGCGUUCGCCAAUGCCCAGCGGGAUGCCGCAGCCGCCGGAAAGCCAUGCAUUGUCUUUAUUGACGAAAUUGACGUCUUGUGCCCAAAGCGAGGCGAGACGUCCCAGCACGAGAAUCGCAUCGUGGCCCAACUGCUCACCUUGAUGGAUGGCAUGACCUCGCGAGGCAGCACGAUCGUUGUCGGUGCAACCAACCGUCCGCACUCGAUCGACCCCGCGCUUCGACGACCAGGCCGAUUCGACCGCGAGAUUCGCGUUGAUGUACCCGAUCAACUCGAGCGGCUCGGCCAGUUGCAACAGCGAUGCGCCGACCUGCCACUUUUGUUGCUGCCUGCUCUGGACGCGGUCGAGCUCGAAACAAUUGCCGCGAUGACGAACGGCUUUGUCGGCGCGGAUAUUGCGCAUUUGGUGCGCGAGACAUCGCUUCUUGCCAUGCAGCGACUGUCAUUGCACGACAGUUUGCUGGAACCAUCGUCAGACAGCUCCAGCAGCGCCGCUCGGAAGGAGCAUGCCAGUGCGGUCGAGGCGCUCAAGCUGCGACAGAGCGACUUUGUCGCUGCGCUGUCUCACGUGGUGCCAUCCACCCAGCGAGGACACAAACGCCAGCUGCUCCCGACGCGAUGGGAGGAUAUCGGCGGAAUGGCCUCCGUUAAAACGGCAUUGCAGCAGUGCAUUGCGUGGCCACUCUUGCACGCGGAAUCGUUUGCGCGAAUGGGCUUGCAACCCGCGCGAGGCAUUCUGCUCUACGGGCCGCCGGGCUGCUCGAAAACCACCCUUGUGCGCGCAGCGGCCAACACGAGCAACAUUACGUUCUUGUCUAAAAGUGGGGCGGAAAUCUACUCGCCUUUUGUCGGCGAGUCCGAGCGUAGCAUUCGAGAACUCUUUCUUCUAGCGCGUCGCGGUGCGCCGUCGGUCAUAUUUCUGGACGAAAUCGAUGCGAUGGUGGGCAAGCGUCGCGACGACGGCGCGGCUGGCGGCUCGCGCGAUGUUGUGGCAGAACGUGUGCUUUCCACACUCUUGAACGAGAUGGACGGCAUCGAUGCUGCGAAAAAUGUGGUCGUUGUGGCGGCCACAAACCGGCCCGACAUGCUCGAUGCUGCCCUCAUACGACCAGGGCGGUUUGAUCGCGCUGUUUACGUCGGUCCGCCAGACGAAGACGCGCGAAUUGCCAUCUUUGAAGUGCACGCGACCAAAAAGCUUCCUGUCGAUGAAACAGUUGUCCUGGCGGACCUCGCAGCGAAAUCCGUGGGCUGCACUGGCGCCGACAUUGAGGGAAUUUGCCGUGAAGCCGCGUUUUCCGCAUUGCGGCGAUGGCAGCGCACGCAGUCCCCCAGUGCUGCAUCAGCCGCUAUGCCAGCCCACGUUCCAUCCAUUGAGCAGCUUUGCGUCACCAGUGCAGAUUUUGAAGCGGCGUUCGCUGCUUGCCGGCCUUCGCUAUCUGCUGCGCAGCUCAAGGAGUUUGAGCUUUUGCACAAGGAGUGGGGCACUGGUGCAAAGAGUUAGUCGAUCCUUUUGAUUAUUUUGAAACUCAAAAUGCUGUACAUUAAAAACUAAGGGUUUGAAAAAAAACCCACACAAUCUGUA